GGAAGGAGUCAAUCCCUUAGUCAGAUCGCAGAGCCAAGUUGCAGAAAAGAGAAUUGGGGUUGGCGGAUUGCAAUGGCCACGGUGAGUGACCAAUUCGUUGGGUAUGGCUUGGUGAUCUUCAGCUUGGUUCUCUUCGCCUAUUACACCGUCUGGAUCAUUAUCCUGCCCUUCACUGAGAGCGACCACCUCAUUCACAAGUACUUUCUACCCCGAGAAUAUUCAGUGAUCAUUCCUGUAGUGGCCGGACUGGUGUUGUUGCUAUUUAUUGGAACUUUUAUAACCAUCGUGAUGUGGAAGAAUCAGAAAUCGGACAAAAAGUCUACCUGAAGAGAGAGAAAAGGGAGGAGGAAGAUGGGAGAUCCCUUCCAGGGUUCAGGUUGGGGGAAUGGUGCAGCAAUUUGCAAGAUAUUUUGGGAGCCAGGAUUGAUCCCAUUAUCCCCACCCCAUCCUGGCAUGGACCGAGUUUCCAAACUGUGAACCCACCUGCAGAGAUCCCCACAUAUAUGCUACCGAAUCCGAAAUCCCAGAGCAAGGGUUUCACCCGAUAUUUUUUUUUUUUUAAGGGUCCAAAUUUAGCCUGGAAAUUCGACUAGGACUGAUGUUUACCAGGCCCCGGUUCUAGUUGUGUUUUUAUAGGUUUUUAAAAAAAACCACUGCUUUUCUCCUGCACCAUCUCAUGUGGUUUUGUGGUGUUUUGACUCUCUGGAUCGCAUUGGUCUUCUUUGUGCAAGCGCCCGCUCGAACUUAUAACUCACCCCUGAGGGAUGGUAGAUCCUUCCAGAAUCGUCCUUCGGUUUUGCCAGCUUAGGGAGAAACCUAUUCUUGCCUCUAAUUUGUUAUUCUUCAUUUUUUUAAAAUUUAUGUCUCGAGCCAAGUGACCCGUCGAGAUGCUGUUAAGGUGCGUUAGUUGGAAACUCCGAAUGACCCCGUUAAACGGCAUUUACAAACAGGGUUUACUCCUUUCUCCUAGAACGGGGGUGUCAAAAACUCGGUUUCACUGAGGGCCACAUCGCAGUUGUGUUUGACCUCGGAGGGGGGGGACAGGUGGGGUGUGGCCAGCUCAACCUCAUUCAUGUUGGAGGCACCUGUGGUGGCCCACGCACUCUGCCAGUGAAAACAGGCUCCCGAGCUCCGUUUUUGUUCUGCAACGGCUUCCUGCAUCGAAGUUUCCAAUCUUCACUUUCAUUGCACUUUAAAUUAAAAAAAAGCAAAGUGAGGAGGAUUAAUAUGUGUGCAUUUGCAUUAAUAAUUCAGAUAAGAUUCUGAAAUACAGACAUGCAUUCCGGGAUCACCAGACGGAUCCUCUGUUUAAAUGUUCCCCCCUCCCAAAAAAAAACUACAUAUCUGGAUCUCGUUUUCUGCAAUAUAGAUACAUUCCUCAGUAUUCAAAACUCAAGUUUCCUCCCUUCUGGGCCUGGUUAUGCAAAGAGGUCUAACAAUAAAAUGUUUUUCUUGUA